GAACUGGACCCUUUCCUGGGAUCAUAGACCUUUUUGGAAUUGAAGGUGGACUUCUGGAAUAUCGGGCUAGUCUGCUGGCUGGGAAGGGCUUUGCUGUCAUGGCUCUGGCUUAUUUUAAGUAUGACGACCUCCCUAAGGUUGUAGACAUCCUUCAUCUGGAGUACUUUGAAGAGGCUGUGACCUUCCUGCUCAGUAACCCUCAGGUCAAGGGUCCAGGAAUCGGCCUGCUGGGGAUUUCCAAAGGGGCUGAGCUCUGCCUCUCCAUGGCCUCUUUCCUGAAAGGCAUCACGGCCGCUGUCAUCAUCAAUGGUUCCAUGGUUAAUGUUGCCACAACCUUAAAAUACAAAGAUGAGAGUCUGCCCCCUGUGAGCACUGACAGAAAUCGAAUCAAAGUAACCAAAGAUGGGUUUAAAGAUAUUAUUGAUACCCUGAAUGUCCCUCUAGAAGGUCCAGACCAGAAGAGCAUCAUCCCUGUGGAAAGGUCUAACACGACCUUCCUGUUCCUUGUUGGUCUGGACGACCAUAACUGGAAGAGCGAGUACUAUGCCAGAGAGGCCUCCAAACGUCUGCAGGCCCAUGGGAAGGAGAAGCCCCAGAUCAUCUGCUACCCAGAGACAGGCCACUAUAUCGAGCCCCCUUACUUCCCCUUGUGUAAGGCUUCCCUGCACAACCUGGUGGGUGGUCCUGUCAUCUGGGGAGGGGAGUCCAGGGCUCACGCCAUGGCCCAGGUGGAUGCUUGGCAGCAAAUCCAGACUUUUUUCCAUAAACAUUUGAGUGGGGACAAGAGGACAAUCCCAGCAAAGCUGUGA